AUGUACUGCAUGCGCAGCCCACUCGCGCGACGGCAAUUUCUCAAGCUCGCGACACGGCCACCACCACUACCACCGCACCGCUCCGUCGCCGCCAGCCCUCGAUGGAAAUCCGAUAAGCACAGCCCAGAGGCAGAGGCCACGCCAGUGGAAGCCUCAGCACUCAUUUACCCGGCGCCGGCCACGACGCAACACGACAACCUCGCCUCCUUUAUCUCGUACGCGGAACGGACGGGCCUCGACGCGACAUCUACAGUCUACGUGGGCACGCACUACGAGUACACGGUCGCGGCGAGCCUCGCACGGUACGGCCUCGCCCUGCGUCGUGUCGGGGGCGCGCGCGACCGCGGAACCGACUUGCUCGGCACCUGGACCCUUCCCGACGCGGCGGGCGGCUCGUCGGCGGUGCUGCGCGUGCUGGUGCAGUGCAAGGCCGGCGCCGGGCAGCGCGUGGGGCCGCAACACAUACGAGAGCUCGAGGGUGCGAGGGCGGGUGCGCCGCCGGGAUGGCGCGGCGACGACGUGCUAGCGGUGCUGGCGUGCGAGCGCGCGGCGACAAAGGGCGUGCGCGAGGCGCUGGGACACAGUCGCUGGCCGAUGGCGUAUGUGUUCUGCGAGGGCGGCGGCGGCGGCGGCGGCGCGGUCAGGCAGAUGCUGUGGAAUAAGAAGGCAGAGGAGAGCGGGCUGGCCGGCCUGGGCGUCGGGACGAGGCACGUGGGCGAGGGCGAGAACGAGGACACGGAGCUGGUGUUGACACGCAAGGGCAGGGCGCUGCCGUUUGUAGGCGGCUGA